AUGAUUGGCUCUUCUCUACAGGUGUUCUGGAAUACUGUAGCUGCCAUGCUGUCAUUGGAUGAGCCUCUGGACCUGAAGCUUCCACGGGCCAAUGGGAGGGUCAGGUUGGGAAAGAGGGCGUAUUCUGCCUCCAUCUGCGCCCCUCUCAGUGCCACACGACAACGUCUGCUACGUAACCUACCGAUGACCUACCCAUCACCGCCUCCCUCUCCAGGUAAACACACUCUCUCUCUCCCUCUCUAUCAAUUUUUUACAAACACACUCUCUUUUUGUCUAUUUUCCUUCUCUCUCUCUCUCUCUCUCACAAACACACACUACCCCCCACCACACACACACAAUUCCCUCUAUUCAUUUCUCGUUGUCUUAGAGGCCAGUGAGUCCAUAACUGCGUCCCAAGUGGCACCCUAUUCCCUUUACAGUGCACUUGGCCCAUAUGGCUCUGGUUAAAAGUAGUGCACUUUAUAGGGAAAGGUACCAUUUGGGACUGAGUCCACGUCUCAAAUCAACAUCAUGCUCCUCUCAUUACCAACUGCUGUAUACACUUAACAUGUCGUUAUGGAGUGUGAGAAUGUGUGUGUGUGUGUGUGUGUGUGUGUGUGUGUGUGUCAUUAUGGACAACAGAGUGGCACUGCAGACUGCUGCUGAAAACUUAGUAUUAUGCCAACGAUAGCCUCGCUAACCAAUGAUAGCCUCGCUAACCAACGAUAGCCUCGCUAACCAACGAUAGCCUCGCUAACCAACUAUAGCCUCGCUAACCAAUGCUGAGAGAAAAGAGAGAGUGUUUGUGUAAAGUUAAUUUAUUUGACUUUGUAUGAAGCUGUGUGUGUGUGUGUGUGUGUGUUGCUCAUAUGUACUAUACAUGGCUCUUGUGUGUGACCUCACCCCCUCUCCCCCCGCCAGGUACCCCCCUGUCCCACCAGGAGAGGGCAGGUUCCUGCACCCCCCCUGCCAUGGACCUGAGUCUCUCCCCCUCCUUCCGACACGCACCCUCCCCCUCCUCCCGCCAUGCACCCUCCCCCUCUGCCUCCCCCUCCUCACCCCUGGACUAUCCACCCAGCUGCAGCCCAGCCACACCCAUCUACUCCAGGGUAAGCCAGAUAGAGGCAGUGUGUGUGUGUGUGUGUGCGUGCCACAGGAGGUUGGUGGCACCUUAAUUGGGGAGGACGGGCUCAUGGUAAUGGCUGGAGCGCAGUAAGUGGAAUGGUAUCAAAUACAUCAAACACAUGGUUAUGUAACAAACUUGGGCCUGUAUUCACAAAGCCACUUAGAGGAGGAGUACUGAUCUAGGAUCAGGUCCUCUCUCUUAAUCAUUAUGAUUUAAAAGGCAGAAUUGAUCCUAGAUGAACACUCCUACUCUGAGAUGCUUUGUGAAUACGGCCACUGGUGUGAGAAACAUUUGAAACAAUUUCAUGGUGACAUUUUUACUUAACACAUAACUGAACUCCCUGACCUAUUUUCCGUCUGAAGGGGGGAAAAAAAAUUUGUAAGAGAAAAGAGAGUUCUCUCUAUAGCUCUUCUUAGUACAGAGGUUCAACUUAGGUAGUGUGUGUGCGUGUGUCUAAGCGUGGCAGGCAGUCUGGCCAGAAUGUGGGAUAGCUGAUUAGUGAAUACACUCAACACAUAGUGGACAGAAGUGAAUUAAACCUGUAGUGAAUCUAAUUUCCCAGCACGGUGUCUGCACUGUGGUUCUCACUUAAUCAGAUUUUAAACAAGGCUGGAGGGGUAAAAGACGGACAGACAGACGGACAGACAGACAGAUGGGCAGACAGCUGGACAGACAGGCAGACAGAGGGACUGUGCCCUUAGUUGACACAUGGCGUUCUAUUGCGCAAUUCAACUCAUCACUCUUCUCUCUCUCUCUCUCUCUCAGGAAGCAGCUCACCCUCGUUACCUGGAUGGUGGGGCUUCUCCGCAGGGCUUCCAGAUCUUCCUGCCAAUCGGGACCACAGGGGGCGGGUUCAACCUGCCCUCCUCCAUGUUCAUUGGUCAGCCCGGGGAGAAGCGGGCGUCACCCGAUCCCUCAUCGGAUGAGCAGCUGGCCUGCCAUUGGAUGAAGGUAUGCGAUUGACAGGUGGACAGGAGAGGGUGGGUGUGUGUGGACAGGAGAGAGUACCCUGGGGUGCAUUCAGAAUCUCAACGUUGCAAAACUCUUUUCAACAGUUUACUGUUUAUACCUGUAUUUGCUUUGUACUCACACACUCAUAAGGCUUCCGACAAAUGAACAUCCAUCCAUCGAUUCAUAACACAUUACUAUCUGAAUUGCACUGCGACAACUGUCAGCAUGUACUUCAAAUGUGUGGAAGUAUGAGUAUGACUUUUCUCCUUCUAUGGAACAUAUACAGCAUAUGUUAUAUGCUCAGCUCCAGUUCACUUACCUGAAAUGCUCUAGUCUAAAUGGACUCUUUCCCUUUUCUCUCUCUCGACCUCUCCCUCAUCCCUCUCUUCCUCCCUCUCUCUCCUCUCUAGUGCCACCUGCUGUUUGACUCGUUACAGGACCUGGUGGAUCACAUCAAUGACUACCAUGUCAAACCUGAAAAGGAUUCUGGGUACUGCUGCCACUGGGAGGGCUGUGCCCGCAAUGGGAGGGGCUUCAACGCCAGGUAGGAGGGGCUUAUUCUUAGAGUCUAGGUAUCAGGGUCUCUGAUCUUCAGAUAUAAAAGGUGCCCCUGAUCAGAUUUAAAAGUAACAAAUUACUAUAAAGACAUACACUGAGUGUAACAAACAUUAUGAACACCUGCUCUUUCAUGACAUAGACUGACAAGGUGAAUCCCGGUGAACGCUAUGAUCCCUUAUUGAUGUCACCUGUUAAAUCCACUUCAAUCAGUGUAGAUGAAAGGGAGACAUGGAUUGUGUAUGUGUGCAAUUCAGAGGGUGAAUGGGCAAGACAAAAUAUUUAAUUGCCUUUGUACAGGGUACGGUAGUAGGUGCCAGGCGCACCGGUUUGAGGGUGUCAAGAACUGCAACGCUGCUGGGUUUUUCACGCUCAACAGUUUCCCGUGUGUAUCAAGAAUGGUCCACCACCCAAAGGACAUCCAGCCAACUUGACACAAUUGUGGGAAGCAUUGGAGUCAACAUGGGCCAGCAUCUCUGAGGAACGCUUUUGACACCUUGUAGAGUCCAUUUCCCGACGAAUUGAGGCUGUUCUGAGGGCAAGAAGGUGUUCUUAAUGUUUUGUACACUCAGUGUAUUUUCACCACUUACAGAGCCACUCCAGGACCUUAAUGUGCUUCUUCUUGAGCCACUCCUUUGUUGCCUUGGCUGUGUGUUUUGGGUCAUUGUCAUGCUGGAAUACCCAUCCACGACCCAUUUUCAAUGCCCUGGCUGAGGGAAGGAGGUUCUCACCCAAGAUUUGACGGUACAUGGCCCCGUCCAUCGUCCCUUUUGAUGCGGUGAAGUUGUCCUGUCCCCUUAGCAGAAAAACACCCCCAAAGCAUAAUGUUUCCACCUCCAUGUUUGACGGUGGGGAUGGUGUUCUUGGGGUCAUAGGCAGCAUUCCUCCGCCUCCAAACACGGCGAGUUGAGUUGAUGCCAAAGAACUCGAUUUUGGUCUCAUCUGACCACAACACUUUCACCCAGUUCUCCUGUGAAUCAUUCAGAUGUUCAUUGGCAAACUUCAGACGGGCCUGUAUAUGUGCUUUCUUGAGCAGGGGGACCUUGCGGGCGCUGCAGGAUUUCAGUCCUUCACGGCGUAGUGUGUUACCAAUUGUUUUCUUGGUGACUAUGGUCCCAGCUACCUUGAGAUCAUUGACAAGAUCCUCCCAUUUAGUUCUGGGCUGAUUCCUCACCGUUCUCAUAAUCAUUGCAACUCCACGACGUGAGAUCUUGCAUGGAGCCCCAGGCCGUGGGAGAUUGACAGUUAUUUUGUGUUUCUUCCAUUUGCGAAUAAUCGCACUAACUGUUGUCACCUUCUCACCAAGCUGCUUGGCGAUGGUCUUGUAGCCCAUUCCAGCCUUGUGUAGGUCUACAAUCUUGUCCCUGACAUCCUUGGAGAGCUCUUUGGUCUUGGCCAUGGUGGAGAGUUUGGAAUCUGAUUGAUUGAUUUCUUCUGUGGACAGGUGAUUUUUAUACAGGUAACAAGCUGAGAUUAGGAGCACUCCCUUUAAGAGUGUGCUCCUAAUCUCAGCUCGUUACCUGUAUAAAAGACACCUGGGAGACAGAAAUCUUUCUGAUUGAGAGGGGGUCAAAUACUUAUUUCCCUCAUUAAAAUGCAAAUCAAUUCAAUUCAACAUUUGUGACAUGCGUUUUUCUGGACACUCUUAAAGGGAGUGCUCCUAAUCUCAGCUUGUUACCUGUAUAAAAGACACCUGUCCACAGAAGAAAUCAAUCAAUCAGAUUCCAAACUCUCCACCAUGGCCAAGACCAAAGAGCUCUCCAAGGAUGUCAGGGACAAGAUUGUAGACCUACACAAGGCUGGAAUGGGCUACAAGACCAUCGCCAAGCAGCUUGGUGAGAAGGUGACAACAGUUGGUGCGAUUAUUCGCAAAUGGAAGAAACACAAAAUAACUGUCAAUCUCCCUUGGCCUGGGGCUCCAUGCAAGAUCACACCUCGUGGAGUUGCAAUGAUCAUGAGAACGGUGAGGAAUCAGCCCAGAACUACACGGGAGGAUCUUGUCAAUGAUCUCAAGGCAGCUGGGACCAUAGUCACCAAGAAAACAAUUGGUAACACACUACGCCGUGAAGGACUGAAAUCCUGCAGCGCCCGCAAGGUUCCCCUGCUCAAGAAAGCACAUAUACGGGGCCGUCUGAAGUUUGCCAAUGAACAUCUGAAUGAUUCAGAGGAGAACUGGGUGGAAGUGCUGUGGUCAGAUGAGACCAAAAUCGAGCUCUUUGGCAUCAACUCAACUCGCCGUGUUUGGAGGAGGAGGAAUGCUGCCUAUGACCCCAAGAACACCAUCCCCACCGUCAAACAUGGAGGUGGAAACAUUAUGCAUUGGGGGUGUUUUUCUGCUAAGGGGACAGGGCAACUUCACCGCAUCAAAGGGACAAUGGACGGGGCCAUGUACCGUCAAAUCUUGGGUGAGAACCUCCUUCCCUCAGCCACGGCAUUGAAUAUGGGUCGUGGAUGGGUAUUCCAGCAUGACAAUGACCCAAAACACACAGCCAAGGCAACAAAGGAGUGGCUCAAGAAGAAGCACAUUAAGGUCCUGGAGUGGCCUAGCCAGUCUCCAGACCUUAAUCCCAUAGAAAAUCUGUGGAGGGAGCUGAAGGUUCGAGUUGCCAAACGUCAGCCUCGAAACUUUAAUGACUUGGAGAAGAUCUGCAAAGAGGAGUGGGACAAAAUCCCUCCUGAGAUGUGUGCAAACCUGGUGGCCAACUACAAGAAACGUCUGACCUCUGUGAUUGCCAACACGUGUUUUGACACCAAGUACUAAGUCAUGUUUUGCAGAGGGGUCAAAUACUUAUUUCCCUCAUUAAAAUGCAAAUCAAUUUAUAACAUUUUUUACAUGCGUUUUUCUGGAUUUUUUUGUUGUUAUUCUGUCUCUCACUGUUCAAAUAAACCUACCAUUAAAAUUAUAGACUGAUCAUGUCUUUGUCAGUGGGCAAACGUACAAAAUCAGCAGGGGAUCAAGUACUUUUUUCCCUCACUGUAAGUGUUUAAAGCUUUAUUCACUCUGUGUGUGUGUGUGUGUGUGUGUGUGUGUGUGUGUGUGUGUGUGUGUGUGUGUGUGUGUGUGUGUAUUCCCCCCAGGUACAAGAUGUUGAUCCACAUCAGGACUCACACCAAUGAGAAGCCUCACCACUGCCCCACCUGCAACAAGAGCUUCUCUCGCCUGGAGAACCUCAAGAUACACACACGCUCACACACAGGUCAGUACACACACACACACACACACACACAGGUCAGUUUGAUUGUUUUUGCUAAAGAACAGCUGUUUAUUUCCCCUCUAAAGGCUGCCUCGCGGGGUUAGGAAACCGCGGGGGUAAGAGUCCGCUGUGCUGUUAUGUCUCUUUGUCAGAACCUCUCGCAGUGUUUUUUUUUCUUGUGGUUGCGGGAUACUUCGGGUCAGAUUAAAGACAUGCAUGCAUGUCGCACACACACAGGCAUAUAAUCUGUGAUGCUUUUCUGGCAUACCUGUCCAAGAAGAAAUGCUAAUACCAUAUGCAUUCCAAAAUCUGAAGAUCUGUCAGUUGACAAGAAAAUGCACAUCCUCACUCCUUCUUCCAUCCAUCCAUCCUUCUCUCCUCUCUCCCUCUCCCAGGAGAGAAGCCGUACAUCUGUCCGUACGAGGGCUGCAGCAAGCGCUACUCCAACUCCAGCGACCGCUUCAAGCACACGCGCACACACUACGUGGACAAGCCCUACUACUGCAAGAUGGCCGGCUGCCUUAAACGCUACACCGACCCCAGCUCCCUCCGCAAACACAUCAAGGCCCACGGACACUUCGUCGCGACCCAGGAACAGGCCUCCUCGGCUGGGCUCGGGGUGUUCCUCAAAGGGGGUGGUCUCCAUGGAAGUAACGGUGGAGGGGUCUCAGAGAUGGGCUAUGUCGGCGGGGCCCAUAUUAUCAUCCCAGGAGGGGCCGCCGUGGCUUCUCUUCUCGGAGGCCACCGUCUGGGGGCCUCGCUGCCCCUCUCGGCCCUGUGUGGCCCCCUGGAUCUAAGCGGACUAGGUCACCCUGGAGCGUCCUUAUUCUCGCUAGGUGGUGGAGGUGGGGGAUUGGGUUGGUGUGAUUCUUCCAUGCUCCCGUUCGGACUCUCGGCUGCAUCCGUGUUUGGGUUGGCUUCCAUGGGUCUGGGGCAGCUAGGGAGAGGGGAGAGCAGGAGGGGGGGGGAGGAGGAGGGGGGGUGUGAAGAGGACAGGGAGAGGGAGGAUGAGGUACUGAAUUUGUCUGUGGGAGGGUACGGAGGGACGGGGGCAGGGCGUGACCUCCCCUCCUGGGUGGUGAUUCAAUCCCCUGGGGCGCUGGUGCUCAAACCAGCUGUUGUCAGCUAG